UUUAAUUUGACUUUUGAUUAUUUGAUAUUUCUGUAGAUUUUAAAGAAGGCUAAAAGGUCUGGCCUUAUCGACCUGAAAUAUAUUUAAUAGGCCUGAAAAUGGCUCCAGUAGCUUUAACAGGCCAUUUGGCAUCGAAAAUUAUACCUAAGAAUGGCUACAUGAGCGUUGUUUACAUCAAGUCUGCGCAGUAUAGCAGUGAUGGUAAGCCCAACCUGGCCGCUUAUAAAAGAGGGACUGGCGGUCGCAGCAGCUUCAAUGGGAUCGUUGCAACUGUAUUCGGCUGUACAGGAUUCGUUGGUCGAUAUGUUUGUAACAAGUUGGGAAAAACAGGAACUCAGAUGAUCUUACCAUACAGAGGGGAUUUUUAUGAUGUUGCGAGAUUGAAAGUCUGUGGUGAUCUUGGUCAAGUGUUGUUCACACCUUAUCACUUGCAAGAUGAUGAAUCAAUUGCAAAGGCUGUGCGUUACUCGAAUGUUGUGAUCAACCUUGUUGGCCGUGACUAUGAGACCAAAAACUUCAAGUUUCAUGAUGUACAUGUAGACGGGGCAAGACGUCUAGCUAGAAUCAGCAGAGAAAUGGGGGUGGAGAGAUUUAUCCACUUAUCUUACUUAAAUGCUGAGGAACAUCCAACUCCCCUUGUGAUGAAGAAGCCAUCAAUGUUCAAGAUCAGCAAGUAUUUGGGUGAAUGUGCCGUGAGGGAAGAGUUUCCCACUGCUACUAUUAUAAGAGCCUCUGAUAUAUAUGGUUCCGAAGACAGAUUCUUAAGGUCAUUUGCGUCUGUUUGGCGUAUCCAUAGUCAGGUUAUGUCACUUUAUAAGAAUGGUGAGGCCACCAUCAAGCAACCAGUCUAUGUGUCUGACAUAGCACAGGCUAUCCUAAACGCUGCCCGCGAUCCUGAUACCAGGUGCCAGACAUAUCAAGGAGUUGGACCAAAACGUUAUCUUCUGCGCGACCUCGUUAUCUGGUUCUACCAGCUGAUGAGAAAAGAUCGGGAUUGGGGAUUCCGGCUCAUAGAUAUGAAAUAUGAUCCUCUCAUGCCUCUGAAAGUGACGCUAGUUAAUUUGAUAUCACCUGCUUAUCCAUUUGGAAACUUGACCUGGGAAAGCUUGGAAAGAGAAGCUACUACAGAUGUGCUUGUUAAAGGAAUGCCUACUUUAGAGGAUCUUGGAGUCACCCUCACAAACAUGGAAGAUCAAGUUCCAUGGGAAUUGAAGCCCUACCGUGCCUAUCAAUACUACAUUGACAAGAUUGGAGAGUUCCCAAAACCUCCACCUCCAAAAGUUCAACCAGCCCUUUAAGAGCUAAAUGCUUAUUUAUUAUAAAUAUUAACAUUGCAAUUCUUGUUCAUGUGGUACAUCAUUGUAGAACAUUAAAAUGAAUAAAUUAUCAUUUGUUUUA